CAUGAGCUCCCCUCCAGCUGCAAUUUUUCUGACGGGAUCACAUUUUUGGACAGGAUUACAUCCGCGUGAUGGUGCAAUAUAGUAAACACUGAGUCUGACAGCGUGCAGUUUGGAUCCACAGAAGAAGGAGCGGGACAUUUAUGUACAAAAAAACUUAGCGAGCGUCUUUAACAGAAGCAAGACUCGGGCGUGAAAGAGCUGUACCUAGAGGUGGAGACCAGUGCAAAAUGAAUACGGAGAAAGAUUUUUCCCCUCUAACUGCCACCAUUGUGAGAGCUCUGAAUGACAAGUUGUAUGAGAAGAGGAAGGUUGCAGCUCUAGAAAUAGAGAAAUUAGUGCGAGAGUUUGUAGCGCAGAACAACACAUCUCAGAUCAAGCAUGUGAUACAGAUUCUUUCCCAAGAGUUUGCCUUAUCUCAGCACCCACACAGCCGGAAAGGAGGUCUCAUUGGACUUGCUGCUUGCUCAAUUGCAUUAGGAAAGGAAUCUGGAUCAUACCUGAAGGAGCUAAUUGAGCCAGUCCUGACCUGUUUUAAUGAUGCAGAUAGUCGUCUGAGAUAUUACGCCUGUGAAGCUCUCUACAACAUCGUCAAGGUGGCCCGGGGGUCUGUUCUUCCCCAUUUUAAUGUAUUGUUUGAUGGCCUGAGUAAGCUUGCUGCUGAUCCAGACCCAAAUGUAAAAAAUGGAUCUGAACUACUGGAUCGCUUAUUAAAGGAUAUUGUAACAGAGAGUAACAAGUUUGAUUUAGUGUCAUUUGUUCCCCUGCUUCGGGAAAGAAUAUACUCCAAUAACCAGUAUUUACGACAGUUCAUCAUUUCUUGGAUAUUGGUGCUAGAAUCUGUACCAGAUAUCAACCUGUUAGAGUACCUUCCCGAAAUCCUGGAUGGACUAUUUCAAAUCCUUGGAGACAGCAGCAAGGAGAUCAGGAAAAUGUGUGAAGUGGUUUUGGGAGAGUUCCUGAAAGAAAUAAAGAAGAAUCCCUCUAGUGUGAAGUUUGCCGAUAUGGCAAAUAUCCUGGUGAUCCACUGCCAGGUUUCUGAUGACCUGAUCCAGCUGACAGCAAUGUGCUGGAUGAGGGAGUUUAUCCAACUUGCUGGACGAAUAAUGUUGCCUUACUCCUCUGGAAUACUAACUGCUGUUCUGCCUUGUUUGUCUUAUGAUGACCGGAACAAAAGUAUUAAGGAGGUGGCAAAUGUUUGUAACCAGAGCCUGAUGAAGCUGGUCACUCCAGAGGAUGACAUGGAAGAUGUGACUCAGUCCACACUAAAGAACACAGACAGUGCUGUGGGUAGCUCCACUCCAAAAGCAAAAGAAACGUCAGACAUUGCACUGGACAGCUCCACUGACUCUAGUUUGGGAAACAUAAGCAUGUUUACUUCUGCAAGCACAGAGCGAGCCCAAGUGACCCUUGACCUGGAUGGUAUAGUUCAAGUACUAGAUCACUAUCUGUAUGACACCAGCAAAGGAAUGAUGACACGAAUUGCUGUCCUGAAGUGGCUCUACCACCUUUACAUUAAAACACCACGAAAGAUGUUUCGCCACACUGAUAGACUUUUCCCUGUUUUACUGAAGACCCUCUCUGAUGAGUCAGAUGAAGUGAUUUUGAAAGACCUGGAAGUCCUUGCAGAGAUUGCCUCCUCUCCUGCUGGCCAGACAGAAGGAGCUGGAUCUCAUGACAGCACUGACAGCAAAACUAUCCACUCAGAACUUCAGGUGCCGACACCAGUCAAAUCUAGCCCAUCAGGUACAGCUGGUGCUAAAGGUACAGAGUGCUCCCCAUCCACGCCUACCAUGAAUUCCUUCUUCUUUAAAUUUAUGGUGAACCUACUCAAGAGAUUCAAUAGUGAGAGGAAAUUGUUGGAGACCAGAGGGGCCUUCAUUAUCAGACAGCUGUGCCUUCUUCUUAAUGCUGAAAACAUUUUCCAUUCAAUGGCGGAGAUUUUGCUACGGGAAGAGGACCUGAAAUUCGCUUCCAUCAUGGUGCAGAACCUCAAUACUAUCUUGUUAACAUCUUCUGAGCUCUUCCAACUUAGGAACCAGUUGAAAGACCUUCGAACUGUGGAAAGUUGCAGCCUAUUUUGCUGUCUAUAUCGUUCCUGGUGUCAUAAUCCUGUGGCCACUGUCUCUCUUUGUUUCCUCACCCAGAACUACAAGCAUGCCUAUGACCUAAUCCAAAAAUUUGGAGACCUGGAAGUCACUGUCGAUUUCUUGAUGGAAGUAGAUAAACUAGUACAACUAAUUGAAUGCCCUAUUUUUACAUAUUUACGUUUGCAACUCCUGGAUGUGGAAAACUACCCUUUUUUAAUUAAGGCUUUGUAUGGAAUUCUGAUGUUACUCCCACAGAGCAGUGCUUUCCAACUUUUGUCUCACCGGCUGCAGUGCGUUCCCAAUCCUGAACUCAUGAAAACAACUAUGCCCAAUGCAAAAGCUUCCACAUCUGGAAGACCUGCUGCAGCUAGUAUAGAUUACGAUGAACUUCUGCAACAUUUUGAGAGGGUACAAAACAAGCAGUUGGAAGUACGCCAUCAGAGGGCAAGCCGUGGGGAGCAGCUGGAGAAGAAGCUGGGUUUGUGACAGCAAAGAUCACACCUUAUCAUUGAUAUGAGGACCACACCAAGUACUGAAAUGCCUGCAUUGUCAAACACUACUCAACAUGGAACCUAACUGUGCGGCCCAUAAGUUAGCUGCAUGUCUGUUGGUUUCAAGAGCAUAUCUAUUUUGUUUAUCCUACCAAAAGGCAUUUUAAUGUUAUGCUCUGGAAGUACCUUUUGCCUCUGAAUCAAUAUUCAGGUAUUCAGACCUCCAAUGGCAAGGCCUCCAUUAAUGAGCAUAUGUUGACAGGGGUGCACGUUCAUCCCUCCACAUAUUAGUAUUGGCUUUGUUAUCUACGUUUUGCUUACAGGCCUCGUAACUGGCUACAUUAAUUUCUUUGGUAAAAUAAACUAUGUAUAUAUGAUGAGUUUUAUAUUCCAUGUUUAUGUCUGAGGUUCUUAUUUUGGAAGUGCAUAAAAACGCCUUGUGAAUUAUGAAACUAAGAAGUGAAGGACUCCUUAUUUGUGAUUGCUUUAGCAACAUGACUUUGCAUUUGUUAUAACUUGGAAUUAAAGUCCAGCACCUUAUAUGA